AAAAGUUGAGAAGCCCAUGCUGGAGUCUGUGAGGGAGGGACUUUGUGGCCGCUGCGCAACAAGUCCUAGAAGUGGAUGAUGAGAGCGAAUGACAAGGAGGCAUGCACUAGCUCAGACAGGAGACGGAAUUUCAGCUGGAAAUUAGGUACGAUUCUUCUUUAGAAACUCAGCCACAUGUUUUAUUUAUGUCGCCUUGGAAAGGAUAUGUCGCGGCAAAGUUUAUCCGGACUUUGAAAGCGCGCCGUGGGAACUUUCCCCUGCACAUGCCGCAGCACAUAAAACAGUUUGGAGGACUUAUUUUUUCCAAAGAAUGGAAAAGAAACUGAAUUUCAGAGUUUACAUUUCCCUAACGUUUAGUCGCAAAAGUAGCGCUGAUGGUUUACAGCUGCGGGGAACCCAGCAGGUGAGCAGCGAGGCAUGACAUGUGGACUGCGGCUCGAUCACAAGCUGUACUUCAACGUAAAGGAAGGUAAUGUGAAAUGGAAGGAUAUGACCUGAAAGGAGCGUGUGUUUAAAAGAAUCUUAGUCCACCAUGAGAGCGCUGAGUUUACUGUGGGUGAUGGUCGGGCUGUGGGAGUCGAGCCUGAGCAACAGAAACUGUCCGGACCUGAUCGUUGACAGCUGUCACUGCUCCGCGGAGAGGUCCAAGGAGCUGAGCAGGCAGCACGUCCGAGUCAAAGUUGUGUGCGAUGAUGUGGACUUGAUGGACACCCUGCAGCCCAGCUUCUUACCCAACAGAACCGUUUCGCUAAACCUAAGUAACAACAAGAUCUCCCUGUUGAAGAAUGGUUCCUUCUAUGGCUUGGCUGCUCUGGAAAAACUGGACCUGAAGAAUAAUUUGAUAAGUACAGUGGAGCCUGGGGCCUUCCGUGGUCUGCUGGCUCUGAGGAAACUGGACCUGUCCAACAACAGGAUUGGCUGUCUCUCCCCUGAAAUGUUUCUCGAUCUGGGCAACCUCUUAAAAUUGAAUUUAUCUGGGAACAUCUUCUCCACUCUGAGUGUGGGGCUCUUUACACACCUCGUGGCUCUCAAAGUGCUGCACUUCAGCACUGAGAUGCUGUUCUGUGACUGUCAGCUUAAGUGGCUGCUCCUAUGGGCUCGAAGCAGCUCAGUGAGGGUUGGCAACGACACGGUGUGUGUGUUCCCCACCCACCUCCAUGGACUGGAAUUUCGUAACCUACGUGAACAGCAGCUCAGAUGUGAUGGACCUCUGGAGAUGCCUCUUUUCCAGCUCAUCCCCUCCCAGAGACAACUGGUUUUUCAUGGAGAUCGUCUACCUCUGCAGUGCACUGCUUCCUACCUGGACCAGUCGGUGGAGCUGCGGUGGCGUCACAACGGCCACAUUGUGACUACGCAGGAGGACCGGGGUGUCUAUGUGGAGGAAACCCUGCUUCACGACUGCUGCCUGUUGACCAGUGAGGUCAUCCUCUCCAACAUCGAUGUGGGCGUCGCUGGCAUCUGGGAGUGCCUGGUAACCAGUUCCCGUGGCAACACUACUCAGCAGAUGGAGAUAGUUGUUUUGGAGACGUCGGCACCCUACUGCCCAGCUGAAAGAGUGACCAACAACAAGGGGGACUUCAGGUGGCCAAAGACUUUAGCCGGCAUCCUGACCUUCCUGCCCUGCGCUCCUGCCUCGUUUGGCUCUGCCCCUCACCCGCCUGGCAGUGCUUCUCGCCCUUCCAGCCAGAGGGAGAAGAAGGCGUGGCGGCGCUGCGACCGGUCUGGGCGGUGGGCUGAAGAGGACUACACUCAGUGCCCGUAUGCCAGCGAACUGACCCGCGUGCUGCAUGAGCUCACACAGAUAACUAUAAAUACCACCAAUGCUCAGCCUUUAGGCCAGCAGCUGGUGGCCUUCACCAGCAGAGCAGCACACUUCACUGAUGUCAUGGAUGUCAUUUUCGUCACACACCUGGUGGAGAGACUGACAAGGCUGGUGGAGAAACGUAGAGAGCUGGGGGACUAUAUAUCAGACAUAGCCAGUAACAUGAUGCUGGUGGAAGAGCAUAUCCUGUGGAUGGCGCAGAAUGAGGCCAGAGCGUGCACUCGGAUCGUCCAGUGUGUGGAGCGGAUUGCCGACCUGGCGCUGACCGGAGACAAUCAGGUCAUUUCUAAGGUAUCUGCUAACAUAGCCCUGGAAGCCUUUCUGAUCCGGCCGUCUAACUUUCUUGGUCUGUCCUGCACGGCACUUCAGCGGCCGUCCUCAUCUGCCAACUCGCCCCUCCCUGACAGCCACUCCCACACUGACAAGGACAGGAGCAGAGAGCGUGAUGCCGUGGGGGAAUCGUUGCUCAACUUCAAAUGCCACACUGUCAACAACAGCGGCUCACCAGCCAGUCAGCUCAGCAAGAACUCAGUGGCAGUCGCCUCAAUCCAUUUACCGCUGGCUGGUACGCCUAUCUCCUCCUCUGCGCUGCAAUCUGUUGAUAACUCCACUUGCAAGCUGCAGUUUAUUGUGUUUCGCAAUGGGAAACUCUUUCCUUGCACGGGAAAUUCGUCAAAUCUCGCAGAUGAUGGGAAGCGUAGGAGCGUUUCAACACCAGUUGCUUUCACCAAAUUAGAUGGGUGCAGCCUCGGGAGCGCCGUGCACUCCGUCACUAUUGCUCUCAGGCACUUCGCACUGGGUGUAGACCCCACCGCAGCCUAUUGGGAUUUUGACCUGCUGGAUGGACACGGUGGCUGGAGGGCAGAGGGCUGCCACAUAACAGGCUCCGGGGGCAACACGACCACUAUUCAUUGCACCCACCAUAAUAACUUUGCUGUGCUAAUGGAUCUGAAGAAGGUGCUGUCUUUCCCCCCGUACCCUGGGGAGUUUUUGCACCCGGUCGUGUAUGCCUGCACGGCGGUCAUGUUGCUCUGCCUCUUCGCCUCCAUCAUCACGUACAUAGUGCACCACAGCGCAAUCCGCAUCAGUCGGAAGGGAUGGCAUAUGCUUCUCAACUUCUGUUUCCACACGGCUCUGACCUUUGCUGUGUUUGCCGGCGGCAUCAAUCGAAUCAAAUACCCCAUCAUCUGUCAAGCAGUAGGGGUCGUGCUGCACUACUCGUCUCUAUCGACCAUGCUGUGGCUCGGGGUGACGGCCAGGAACAUUUACAAACAGGUGACCAAGAAGCCUCCGCAGAGUCAAAAUGGUGACCCGCCUCCGCCCCCUAAACAGCCCCUGUUGAAGUUUUAUUUAGUCAGUGGUGGAGUGCCUCUCAUCAUCUGCGGGGUCACUGCAGCCGUCAAUAUAGACAACUAUGGCAGUGGGGAGCAAGCUCCGUACUGCUGGAUGGCCUGGGAGCCCAGCCUGGGAGCCUUCUUUGGCCCUGUGGCCUUCAUCAUUCUGGUGACAUGCAUCUACUUCCUCUGUACCUUCAUCCAGCUACGGCAACACCCUGAAAAGAAGUACGAGCUCAAGCAGCUGCCAGAGGAACAGCAGAGGCUAGCUGCCGUGGACGUGCCGACCCACUGCCACCAGGGAGCCGAGCCUGGGGCCCUGACAGCCCCAGCCGGUGGAAGCCACUGCCCUGCUGGCUGCCCGGGUGUUCCCAUCAACCCUGCACUGCUGGCCAAUGAGCAUUCCUUUAAGGCUCAGUUAAGAACGGCAGCCUUCACCCUUUUCCUGUUCUUGGCUACCUGGACUUUCGGGGCGCUGGCUGUGUCACAGGGCCACUUCCUGGAUAUGAUCUUCAGCUGCCUUUACGGUGCCUUCUCCGUCACCCUUGGUCUCUUCAUCCUCAUCCAUCACUGUGCCAAGCGAGAUGAUGUGUGGCAUUGUUGGUGUUCCUGUUGUCCUGGGCGACGCGCCAAUGCCUGCUCUGGCGCCCAUGGGCCUGCUCAAGCACGACCUAAGGUCAACGUGAAUGGCGAUACCCCUGGGCAUAGCCAUGGUCACAGCCACUGCCACCAUGACUCACCUUGUCAGGGUAAAACACCAAUGAGCUGCGGUCAUGGCAGUUUAGGUCACUGUAAACACGCCGCUCUUCCGUCCUCGCAAAAUCACGUGACUUGUCUGGCACCUGUGACGCCAUGCUGUGCUGCCCUGCAUAGCCAACAGUUAAUGGAGGAGGAGCCCGCAGCCACGCACGUGCUGCUACAUGCUGAUCCAGAGGGUUACCGGCCAGGGAUCCAGUUGCAUCCCUGCCUAAAGAGCAGCACCAGAACUAAAAGCCGUCAUUUCAGCCGCCGGGCCGGGGCUGGUGCUUGUGGGGCAGGGGGUGAGAGGGAGUAUGCCUAUCACAUCCCUUCAAGUGUGGAUGGAGGCAGUGUGCACAGCUCACACACUGACAGCCCCCACAGCACACAUGAGCGCCAUGCCCACAUCUGUCCACAUCUGGCCCACGAAGGCCACCAUGAUGGACAUCACACAUGCCACGCUGCUGCAGCUACCACGCACGAGGCUCUGGCAUGCCAUAACCCCUGCCACAGGCAUAUCUGCUGUGCCAAGGCAGACCUUUUCCCUUCUCUGUGCCCAGCAGAGGCAGGCGACACAGGCCUCUUCCUGUGUGGCUGCGGGAAAGUGGCGGAGCAGGACCCGGUAACAACACAUCACCAUCUGGAGAUGCACGCCCCACGCAGACAAUCGUACCCCCAGAACCCACCUAAUCAGAAUGGGAUUCUAAAGGGGGGCCUGCACGAAGGACUCCUAUACACCUCGGACAGCACAGGGAAUAUACGCACUGGACCCUGGAAGAAUGAAACUACUGUGUAGUGUGGGAAGGAAAAACAGGGGAGAUAGGCAGCACCCCUGCCUCGUCCCGCCAAAAAUAAACCCUCGCCUCCCUUUCUAGAAUUAAAAAUAAAAAUGAAUUUAACAGCAUUUUGAACAUCACAAUCAGCGUGGGAUAUUUUUCUUUAAUGUCCUCGUGUUUUUAUGUGUGCUGUUUUACUGUACAGAAAUCUGAUAUCAUGUAAAUGCUCCAUGAAGAGCAUCCAUACACAGAACAGAAUCUCUUCAAAGCAAGAAGAAUUUGUGAAAUGUGUGUCACAUCAAACCAUCAGAUGUAAUUGAAGGAAUUUCCACUUUUCCAUAUUACUACAGAUCUCUCUCUCUCUCUCUCUCUCUCUCUCUCUCUUAUAUAUAUAUAUACAUAUAUAUAAAAGAAAAUGAAUGGUUGUAUGUAUGAAUGUGUGUGUUAGUGCUCAAAGGUAACACGCUGCAAGGUUUUUACAUUUUGAACCCAUCAAAUAUUAGAUGAUAACAGUGAACCUCCAGUACUUAUAAGAACUGUUGGCAUCCAUGUUUUAGAUGACUAAACCAGCAAUUUUAGACUUCAUGGGUAUUUUUGCCAUUCAGUCAAGCAACUGUGACUGUCUACCAGAGGUUUUCUAAAUAAUACACAAAGUCACUGUUGCUUGCCGGAGAUGUGUGGAAGUUAAGUUGUGAAAAUUGAAAGCAACAGAAAAAGAGAAGUGAAAUUAAGCAUCCUCUUCCAGGUUGGUAUUGAUUGUGCUGUCUAUAUGAUGUCUUCACUGGUGUGUUUCUUUUUUCUGGAGAGAGUUAAACAGCGACUGCAUCAGCAGCAACAGUGUGGCUGUUUUGAACAGAGAGUUGAUGUCACUGAGUGGAUCCAUGGAGAACACUGUGCCGCAAAGAGCCGGGUCCUCACAGCGAGUUCAUUGUCGAAGCAGGGGGCAGUUUUUGGUUUGUUUUUCAUUUUUUUUAUUUUCUUAACAUGCUAUCAGUCAUUUUUAAAUCACUCUUUGCAAAAUUAAACACUUUGGGAAGAAAAGAGCGUGAAUGUGAUCAUAGAAGAAACAAUAAGCUGCUUUGGGAAACCAUCUCAUUCAAAUGAUUAAAACAUUUUAGCCAAACCUCACCCAUUUUAACUAAAUGACACAUGGCAAAACAGUUGUGCAGAUGAAAUGCUUUUAUAUUUAAUUUAUUCUUCAUUUCUCUCAUAAAAGCCCUAAAGCAUGUGCCCCUUGUUGUGUAUGCUAUGUUUUUAACAGCCUAAAGGAAUACUCAGUUAUUAUUUGCCUCAGCCGGAUACAGCUGUUGCAGCUCGCCAGUAUCAUUUCUGUCACACUUUCGGAUUAAGCCUGGUUCCCAACAAAUAAUCUAUUAUUUCUCACACGUAAUCUCCAUUUGACAAGACUUUAAGCUUAGGUUUAUCCUAGAAUCCAGUCCAGAAACUCGUAAUGCUCUUGGUUCUGUUUUGGUAGAUAACUUGUGUCAGGAGAGGCCAAGGUUGAAGUUUGGUUCAUAUUUCAUUUUAUUACCGUGAAGGUCACGUUCACUUUGAAGAAUUACCACUCAGAAGAGAGAAAUGAGGCUCCGCAUUGACUGAGAAGCACUUGUUUGUUUUAUGAAUGAUGAUACUGAGUACGAAACUCCAGACGAAACCAUUUCAUCAGAAAAGCCAAACUGAAAAAAGUCCUCCCAAGCAGCGCAUAUAAUCUCACAGCAAACCCUGCUCUUGUCAAGCCACCUUAGCAUGCACACCAUCUCUAUCCAUCUUGUGCACUCUUGUCUGUGUAAUAUAAAACUGGUUUCUGAGGAAUUAUUUUUUAUGAGAUUUAAGAUAUUUAAGAAUAAAAUAAGUCUAUAUGUAAAGAAAGUUGUAUGGGGAAAAAAAAACUGACCUCUCAAUGUUAAUACUCAGUAUCUGAGUUUAGAAGAUGUUUUUUUUUGUUGUUGUUUGUUUUCAGAUGCCUUUUUCUGUUUCACGUUUAGUUGAUAUCAUAAAGUAUGCAGACUGGCCAUGUGUUGUGAGACUUAUCCUGUCAUAUCAGAAAUAGAAAUGCACUACCCAUAAUAACAUCUGGCCUGCCAGAAUUUGUCACUAAUAGUGUGUUUACAACAGAAAUGUUUGUUCAGAUGGAAAUAUUUGACUUAAAAAGUGACUUCUGCAGAAAAGAAAAAAGAAACAUUAAUGUGAUACUCCCUUUAUUUGGAUGGCAGGCUUUGAAUAGUGGAGGCCCUGGCAGACAUCAAAGAUGAUGCAUGAACCUCAUAGCUUUGCACAGAGCCACAGGAGUUAUUUCCAGGGUCUAGGGGACAAAAAUGGGAUACUAUGGGUCCAAUUUAUGAGUUAUAAAACUGUGGCUCACAAUUGAUCACACAGUACUGGAUCCUUUGAGCCUCCUUGGAUGCUGGCGGUUAGUGGCCCUGGUUUCAAAGUUAUUGGAAAGAGAUUUGUAACAGUAUCACAACAACACAUUUGAAACCAACCUCUCCUGCUGAACGCACAUUAAACUGAGAGAACAUUGGUCUAGGUUAAUUGCUGUACAACAUGUGUAUUUGCUGGUGGUGUGUCUUAGGAGCAGCCUGAGCUUUUCAGUGUCUGUCAGACGAUGUGUUUGCUAUCACAGGCCGCAAUAGGCCAACUUUUCUGUUGUCAUCAGUAGCAGAUGUACUGCCCCAAACAGGCUUGAUGACUUAGUUUUGGCUCACCAGACGGCUGCUGGAAUAUUCACCUGUGGUACUGUGACAAAACCUAAAGCCAGUUUUCACUUUUUUCUACAUUGACACAGAUUCCAAUAAAUGUAUUUUUUCACCAUGCAACA